AUGGCGAUUCAUUUCUACGACGAAAGUCCCAGCCCUCUUGGCGAGCAACUUGCAAGACUUAAAGCCAGCUCUCUACUGGUUCGCGCUAAAAUCCCCUUUGUCGUUUGGGGAGAGGACGCUUUGUCUUUCGUCCACCGGGUACCCACGGAGCUUUUCGACCAGCACCUUCUUGUGCAGGAUGACCGCGUUGCAGAUGCGGUGGCCAUCGUCUGCAACGAGCUCAAUUACUCCCCCAUUGACACUGCCAACGACGAUACAUGGGGAGACUACAAGAUAUAUAAUCCUGCUCGCCCAUUCGCAUUCGAAGGCACUCCGACUACCCUCCUGCAACACAAUGAUUUGAACGUCACUUACAAGACACUGGAACCGGAUCGUAUCCUCAUUCACGCGGCGUCGACCUUUCACUUCCCCCUCCAGGACUUGUCCCGAAGUUGCUUGAACCCGUCCCCCCCGUCUUCCGAGGCUGCGGGGGUUCGAUUCCCUACGGUCGCGGCGUUUUAUGAUUCAUUGCUGGACAUGUUGCUCGAGCCCCCGUUAACGUACGUUCACUUCAGAUCGUACCAGCUCCUGAGGACCUUUGUCGCAUACUUAACCACCUACAAUGUAUCGGACGAGGGCAUCACCAAGACGGAUGCGCCACCGGGAGAAUUUGGACUCAUUGCACCUUGUCUGGAAGUUUUGGACGAAGUCAAGGACGAGAACAAACCACACCUUGCUCGACUCUUCCUGGAGAUGCCAGCUGACAGAGAGCUUGUUAGUUUGGAGAGGUUGUUGAUUCGACAAGCGCGAUUAAAGGACACCGGAGUGGUCUAUACAACACCACCCUUGCCGUACGAUCCUUACAAACGUUUGAAGGGCGAAAUAUCACCUACGCCCACUCCCAAGCUUCUCCAGUACGUACGCGAAUUCUUAGGGUGGAUUUGUUAUAAUAAUAAUGAAUGCAUAGACAACUACGAGAAUCUCGUGUCCAUGAUAAGCCUUUCUACGACUGUAUUUGGAAGCGAUGGCCGCGACUUCUUCGUGGAAUACGUUUAUGAAGAUGGGAUCGGCGACAAUUUGGCGUAUUACCGACUCUUUGAAAUUAUGAUCAGGCUCACUCUAUUCCCGGCUGUAUGGACAUAUUGUAUCGCUACUUAUAACUACCUCAAUGAUAAGAAACACCGGGGUUUCGAUUAA